AUGAUGUCAAGAUUGGUCUUUCUCCUUUUCUGUGGAUAUAUUGCACUAAACCUGGGAAAUGCUCAGAAAUUGCCAAGAGUGAAAAGGCAGAGUCUGAAAGUUCAGAUCAAUGCAACCGAUGACACUGUUUGUAUGAGGUAUCUUCGACCAAGUCAAAACACCAAACUAGAAGGUUUUGUCCUGGGUUAUGGAAGCAACUUUUUCUCUAAUCAAUUCAUUCCUUUACCUUCGGAAGGAAAAACCUACACAACAGAACUUGAUGCAGAGCCACGGUAUUUGGUUUCAGUAAGACCAGCACGCGUUUCAAAUAACAAGAAAUCUUGUUCAGGUCGGACCAAGACUCAAAAGCCUUUGCAGCUGGUAGUUGGCACUCUCACCCCAACCUCUGUGUUCCUCUCUUGGGGCAUCCUAGUCAACCCUCAACAUGACUGGACAGCAACAAGUAACUGUGCUAGUGACAGCAGGUUCUAUACAGUUCGCUACAGAGAAAAGGAUAAAGACAAGAAAUGGGUUUUUCAGCUUUGCCCAGUUACAGAGACAGUGGUGGACAAUCUGAAGCCAAACACACUUUAUGAAUUUGGAGUUAAAGACAACGUAGAGGAUAGUAUUUGGAGCAAGACUUUCAAUCAUAAGAUAGUUCUGUCUAGUAAAAAAGUAAAUGGACAACUCCAGAAUAUGUACAAGUUGGUACCUAAUUCCCAAACACAGCUUACACUGCGUGAUAAUAAGAAGUUGGUCCCUGUCACAAUAAUCAAACAAGUUAUUCAAAAUCGGACGCAGUCAAAAACUUCAGAUAGUUCUUCUCUGCCAGGAGCAAUAUUAGUGCACCUUAUUGUUCCAGGUCUCAAUGAAACUCAGCAGAAACUUCCUCCUCUCCUGACAAUAGAUGACAUACCUCAAGCAUCCAGGAAAAAACUGGCUAAGAAUGAAACUCGAGUAUGGCCUGCUGAAUCCAAAACACCAGAAGUUCAAGAAAUCUCUCCACAGUCCCUCCCAGCUCAGGCUGAGAAAAAACAUGGACCUGAGGAAUUUAAAUCAACGCCUAAACCUGAAUUGGUGCAAACUCAAAACAUACUGGUUUCUAACGAAAUACAGCCACUUCCUUCCGGAUCCAGAAUCUCUGAUGCUUCAAAAACUCCAUUGACAGAACUUGCUACUCAGAGUCCAGCCUUGAAAUCUGUAUCUCUACCUCCUGCAGAAACCGAAGAGACAGAGAUGGCUUUUGAAGAAACACAGCCUGUUUCUUCAGGAUCCAAAACAUCUGGUACCACAGAAGUGCAACCAACCAGAUCUGCUUCACAAGACUUCCUUCAUGUUACUCCUUCUUCCCAAAUUUUUACAGAUUCAGAAAUACCAGACACUGAUUUAGGUGAAAGGAGGCCUCCUUCUUCAAGUUCCACAACAUCUGGCAUGCCAGAAAUGCCACCAAUCUCAGCUGCAAGCCAGAGACCGGACCUGGAAUCCACCUCGUCUGCUUCACUGGAAACCACAAGGACUGUGAUGGCUACUCGAAGACCAAGGCGGAAGUCCACCACUCCUCCUUCCCUGUCGACCCAGCAAACCGUGAUGGCCUCACAUGAUUUUCUUCAUGUUACUUCCACUCCCCAAACAUCUACAUCUGCAAAAAUGUCAGAGCAAGAGACUGCUACCCAGGGACCAGGCCUGAAAUUCACAGCUCAUCCCUACAUGGAAACCAGAGAGAGUACAAUGGCUUUUGAUGAAAAGCAGGACAUUUCUUCAAGCUCUGAAACAUCUGGCAUCCAAGAAAUGCCAUCAGCUGUACCUGUUCUCCCAAGACCAGUCCAGGAGCCCACAUCUUUUCCUUCACAGGAAACCACGAGGACAGUGAUGGCUACUCAGAGACCAAAGCUGAAAUCUACUUCUCCUUACCUUGCAAGCCAAGGAACACUGGAGGCUACUCGAAGACCAAGGCGGAAGUCCACCACUCCUCCUUCCCUGUCGACCCAGCAAACCGUGAUGGCUUCACUGGACUCUCAUCAUAUUACUUUCCUGUCCGAAACAUCUGUAUCUGCAGAAAUAUCAAAAAUAGAGACUGUUGCAAGUUUGGCUGACCUGGAAAAAUCUAUGCCUUCACUUUCCAGAACACCUCAUGUGCUAACAACAGCUAUGUCUUUCAGUGGUAUUCGGCCUGUUCUUUCAAGCCCUGUGACAGCUAGUAAGCCUGAAAUAGCAGAUGCUGGACCAGCAACAAGUGAAUCCGUUCUGGAAUCUUUCACACCUAAAACUUCUCGUCCUUUUCAAUGGCCAAGGGUAACAUUAGCUCCAAAAGAAACACCACUUACUCCUUCUAAACUGAAACCAUCUGCUACCCCAGAAGUACAGCAUGUGAAACCUGCCCCUAAACCACCACUUUUGGAGCCUAAAACUUCUCAGACUGUUGAACAACUAAAAGCAACACUAGCUCCUAAAGAAGCAAAGCUCACACCUUCUGCACCUAAACGUAGACCACCUGCCAGACCCAAAAAGCCACGAACUAAACCGGCAGCAACCAUUCCGGUGUCAGUCACUACUAGGAGUCCCUACACAUAUGAACGUCCAAAGACUGCAGAGGCUCCAAAGGAGACUCAACGUAUUCCUUCUAAACCUAAAACUUCACCCAAACCUCAUAUCCCACAGGCCAAAGAUGUCCUGGAAUCUAUAACACUUAGAACUGAUCAACUAAAACCAACAAUAGUUCCAAAAGAAACACAGCGUGUUCCCUCCAAACCUAGAAUAUCACCGAGCUCAGAGGUGCCACAAACCAAACCUGCUCCUAAAGAUACACAUCAUGGGCCUUCCAAAACUAAAACAUCACCCAGUCCACGUGUUCCUCCAACUAGAGCAAGUCCAAAAGAAAGUCGGCGAGUCUCUUCAAAGCCCAGACCAUCACCAAGGCCAGAUGUACCACACACAAAACCUGCUCAUAAAGAACCACAACAUACUCCCUUUAAACCUAAAGUGGCUCCCAUCCCAGAUGCUCCACACAGCAAGCCUGAAAUCAUUCCAGCCUUCCAUGAACCAGCUACUACUAUGAUUCCUCAUAUUCCUGAAAGAACAAAGGCAACAUUGGCUCCAACUGAAAAACAGUUCAUUCAUACCAAACCAAAACCAUCUGAAAAACCAAGAGUGCCACACACCAAACCUGCCAUACAUCAGACAACUCCACAACCAAUUAUUACAAAAUCUUCUACUACCACUGAGCAUUCAAGGGCAACAAUGGUUCCAAAAGAAACACUGCUCAUUCCUUCCAAACCCAAAACAUCUGUUGGGCCAGAAGUACCACAGACUAAACCUGCUCCAAGGGCAACACACCUGGGAUCAAUUAACCUUAUAACAGUUCAUGUUGUUGAUGGGUCCAAAAUUACUUUGGUUCCCAAUGAAACAUAUGAGAUUUCACCCAAGCCCAAAACUGGUCUGGCAACUGAAAUUCCACGGUUCAAUACAGCACCUCAUAAAACACGUCUCACUUCUGCAAGACCAAAGCCAUCUGAUAAAUCACAGACCAGACCUGCUCUUAGUAAAACCACAUUAGCACCAGCUAGAACAAAAGCACCUGGACUGCCAAAGUGGAUUGUGCCAACAACAGAUGAUGUAUAUACUCUUGAGGAUAUUUCCAGACAAAUUGGCGUGGAUGUGGAAAAACAUUUGGAAUAUAGUCAUACCUGGGAAAAGCCAAUUUCUGUAACUACUUCACCCGGCCCUCAGCAUCCUCCUAUACCUCCUGUCAAGCCUACACAAAUGCGAAGAAAACCUCUGCCUCCAAACACCGUGACUGGUAAACCAGGGAGUCCAGCUAAACAUGCUGGACCAACAACAGCUGUGAGGACAGGAACAUCAUAUAAGACGCCAACAGCUUUUGCAACUCCAGAGUAUUAUGUUGAUGCAACUGUCUUCAGCUCAAGUCCUACAUCAGAAACAGAUUCUUCAGGCAAACCAAGGUACCAAGCCCCCCAUGUCAAGUACAUGAAGAAAGAUGAUGAUGUGCCUUGCUCUAUCACAAGCUCUCUUGAACAUUUUCCUCAAGAAGAAGCUGGCAGCAAGGAAGAACCUACUCAUCCUCCACAAAAUCCUCCAACCAACCUCACAGUGGUGACUGUUGAGGGCUGUCCAACUUUCGUCAUAUUGGACUGGGAAAAACCAGACAAUGACACUGUUACUGAGUAUGAGGUUGUGUCAACUGAAAAUGGAGCAAGUGAUGGUGAAAAGGAGAAAUCAAUUAUCACUACAAAUCAAACCCAUUCUACUGUGGAAAACCUGAAACCUGACACAAGUUAUGAAUUCCACGUGAAACCUAGAAACCCUCUUGGUGAAGGUCCAAGUAGCAAUGUUGUGGCAUUCAGUACUGAAUCAGCGGACCCCAGAGUGAGCGAGCCGAUUUCAAUGGGAAAGGAUGCUAUCUGGACUGAAAUCCCAUUCAGUUCGGACACCUAUUCAGAAUGCAAAGGGAAACAAUAUGUAAAGAGGACUUGGUAUAAGAAGUUUGUAGGUGUGCAGCUGUGCAAUUCUUUGAGAUACAAGAUAUACCUCAGUGAUUCACUUACAGGAAAAUUUUAUAACAUAGGAGACCAGCGAGGCCACGGAGAAGAUCACUGCCAAUUCGUAGACUCGUUCUUAGAUGGAAGGACAGGACAGCAAGAAGAUCUACCGGUCAAAGAUGGGUUUUUCAGGGCAGUUCGUCAGGAGCCUGUCAAAUUUGGAAAAAUAGGCGGGGAGACUCACAUUAACUACGUUCGCUGGUACGAGUGUGGAACGUCGAUACCUGGGAAAUGGUAG